AUGACUACUAGUAGUUUGGUGUUACUGCCUUUAUUUGUGCUAAACUGUCUCUGGGUUAAACAGGAAUCCUGUUCAUCUUCUUCACCGAUAUGGUUUGUGGACUCUGAUGAGCCAAAUCUGACAUCAGUUCUGGAACGUCUAGAAGAUACUAAGGACAACAGUUUGCUUCAUCAGCAAUUGAAGUGGUUGAUGUGUGGACUCUGCAGAUUAUAUAACCUUCCUAAGCACCUGGAUGUUGAGAUGCCAGAUCAACCACUACCCAUGGGUCAGAUUCUUUCUCUAUUUCCGAAUGGGACAACAGAAGAAGUGACUUCAAAAGAAGAUGAAGAAGAGAUGGCUGAAGAUAUAGAAGACUUAGAUCACUAUGAGAUGAAAGAAGAGCCUAUUAGUGAGAAGAAGUUGGAGGAUGAAGGAACUGAAAAAGAAAAUUGGGCAAUAUUAGAGAAGACUGAAAGGCAAGGCCAUUUAAAUGUAGCAGUGUCUGGGUCAGUGCAAGCUUCAGAUAGACUUAUGAAAGAGCUCAGGGACAUAUACAGAUUACAGUUAUAA